AUGGGCAGAGUCAAUCAGACGACAGAUUUCAUCCUCCUGGGACUUUUCCCUGAGAUCAAGCACCUUGCUAUUCUUAUCUCCAUCAUCUUCCUGAUCUACAUGGUUGCUGUCACUGGAAAUGCUCUGCUCAUCCUCCUCAUCUUGGGUGAUUCCCGGCUCCACACUCCCAUGUACUUUUUACUCAGCCAACUCUCCCUCAUUGACUUGACUUUAAUCUCCACAGUUGUCCCCAACAUGGUCACCCACUUUUUCUCAGGAAGGAGAAAUAUUUCACAAACUGGAUGUGGAACCCAAAUUUUCUUCACUUUAACUCUGGGGAUUUCUGAAUGUCUUCUGCUGACCUUUAUGUCCUAUGACCGCUAUGUGGCCAUCUGUAACCCCUUACGUUACUCAGUCAUCAUGAGCCACACUGUGUGUGUGCAGAUGGUCAUUGGAUCCUGGAUAGGGGGGACUCUAACUUCCUUAGUCCAUACUGCCUAUGCUAUGCAUUUCCCCAUCUGUGGCUCCAGAGAGAUUCUUCAUUUCUUCUGUGAGGUUAUGGCACUACUAAAGCUUACUUGUGAGGACAUCUCAGCAUAUGAGAAGUCAGUGGUAGUCUCAAGCUUUCUGGUGGUUCUUAUCCCUUUGAGCCUCAUUUUGCUUUCCUAUGCAUUCAUUUUUCUUACCAUCUUCCGCAUGAACUCCCCUGAAGGGAGGAACAAAGCCCUAGCCACCUGUUCUUCUCACCUUAGUGUGGUAACUCUCUAUUUUGGUCCAGCUAUCUUAAUCUACAUGAGGCCUGGCUCUUCCCAGACUCCUAAAUUGAACCAGGCUCUUUUUUUGUUUGAUUCCAUCCUCACUCCCAUGCUGAAUCCCAUUAUUUAUAGCUUAAGGAACAAAGAUGUGGUGGCAGCUGUAAGGAAAAUAUUGAGAAAUCUGUUCUCAAAAGGAAAGAUUUAG